AGAAAGAGAGAGGGCGGAUCGGACGUGGAGAGAGAAUCACACAGCAAAGCCUUCACAGGCUAGACAGCAUCUUUCCGAAUCACAGUCACGAGCAAACAGGAAGAGGUCAAAGCGCACCAAAAUCCUUGAGCAGACAUAAUCCUUUAGCAGAGAUGGGGCCCGGAUUGUUCUGGAACUUCCCAUCCAAGACUAGCUGCACGGUUCCACAGAGCCUGCUGCAGACAAUGUUGCUCUCCAGGAUGGCUGGCAUAAAGGAUCAGCAGUUUACUGAAGAGAAACCUCUUCUGCCAGAAAUCAGGGGACAGGAACCAGAGACGGCUAAAGAACAGUGUGUGCAAGCACCGCCUAGUGAUACGCCCUCCCCUCACACGGCUCGCCCCCCUAAACGCUGGCAUUCGAUGGCCCGGCACUGGCUUGGCAUCACACGCCGUCGGACCAGCGGGUACAUCCCGGAAAACUCUGAGACGUUGGAUGUGUAUUCCGGAGAUUGGAAGGAACACGAUAUUGAAACGCCUUAUGGGAUGUUGCAUGUGGUCAUCCGGGGAGCUCCCAAAGGCAAUAAGCCAGCUAUCCUGACCUACCAUGAUGUUGGGCUCAACCAUAAGCUGUGCUUCAACUCAUUCUUCCACAAUGAAGACAUGCAAGAGAUCACCAAGCAUUUCGUUGUGUGCCACGUGGAUGCACCUGGCCAGCAUAUUGGAGCUCCUCAGCUGCCACAGGGGUACCAGUACCCCACUAUGGAUCAGCUAGCUGGAAUGCUUCCUAGUGUCGUGCAACACUUUGGCUUUAAGAGCAUUGUUGGUAUCGGAGUCGGGGCUGGUGCCUACAUCCUUGCCAAAUUCGCGCUCAUCUUCCCUGAUCUCGUGGAGGGUUUGGUUCUACUAAACAUCGACCCCAAUGGGAAAGGCUGGAUCGACUGGGCCGCCACAAAACUGUCUGGACUCACCAGUUCUCUCCCGGACACGGUUCUAGCGCACCUCUUUAGCCAGGAGGAGCUCAUGAGCAACACAGAGGUGGUGCAGACGUACCGCCAACAGAUUAAUAACACUAUCAACCAGUUCAACCUACAGCUCUUCUGGAAUAUGUACAACAGCCGCAGGGAUCUGGAAAUGAACCGCAGUGGCUCUGUGUUGAAUGCCAAGACCCUGAGGUGCCCAGUCAUGCUUGUCGUUGGAGACAAUGCCCCGGCUGAGGAGGGCGUGGUCGAGUGCAACUCCAAACUGGAUCCAACUAACACCACAUUCCUGAAGAUGGCUGACUCUGGUGGAUUGCCUCAGAUUACACAGCCUGGAAAGCUCACAGAGGCUUUCAAGUACUUCCUACAAGGGAUGGGAUACAUUGCGUCUAUAAAGGAUCGGAGAAUGAGUGGAGGGCCAGUGCCCUCAGCCAGUAUGACCCGUCUCGCUCGUUCGCGAACAGCCUCUCUGACCAGCGCCGGCUCGGUGGACGGGACUCGCAACCGCGCAUGCACGCAUUCAGACAGCACCGAGGGUGUCGGGCAGGUCAGCCAAACCAUGGAGGUUUCCUGCUGAGCCCUCGUUCAUAUUCGCACAUGCAUACAUUUAGAGAGACAUGUUGCAUGGAAGAAGGGCCUGAGAAGAAUGGAGAACUCGUAUUACUUUCAUUCUUUAGUUCUCAGCCAUUCACUUUCCAUGUACUUUUCUCUUGAUUAUUUUUUCAGUGUUAGCCCUCUUAAAGGAACAGUUCACCCAAAAAUGAAAAAAUCGGUCGUUGUUUGCUUCUCUUAAUGUACUUGAUGUUUCAAGUGAGAUAAGGCUGUGUUUAAGUCUAGAUGCAGUGAAUAAUGACUGACCAAAAAAUAAUAAAUUUAGAGGAACUCUGCUUAACUAAGUGUUAAAAUGACAUUGGGGGAGUAAUUGAUGACCAAAUUUUCAUUAUUGGGCGAACUUAAAUAACCUGUAAAAUAAAGACAUGAUGUCUUCCCCUUAACAGUGUUUGAUUCUCCCCGACUGUAUAACACGACUUAUUUAUCGCUAAGUGUCAGUAUUUCUGCACCCUUCGCUUGCUGCCUCUGGCCUUCACCUUCUCCUAAUAAAAAACGACAAGUCCCAUCAGCUCUCACUCGUUCCUGUCCUACGACAGUCUUUGUGGAGUAACUGAUUGGUGGGUCACAAUAGAGGGGGCGGGUCCUGAGGAAGAAAUACGAAAUAAAGCUAAAGAAGAUUGAUCCAGAGAGAGAUAUAAAAGUGACAUUAUGGUUAUGCUCUCCCUCUUUGCUACGAGUAAAUGCGAAGCAGUUGCGUUGUUAAAGUGUGCAAAUGAACCAAUGAAUAGCAGCUUUUGACUAAUCAUCUCAGGUCACUGAGAUUCGUAACUAUUUUACGAAGUGGCAAAUUCGUAUGAAAUGUGCGAUGUGAAUUGUACAAAACGUACGAUUGGGGUGAAAGCAGAUCAUAUAAAAAUGUAUGAAUGAGAUCGUACGAGUUUCACGUUUGUGCUUGGGGGCACCUACUGGCAAACAAGGGUACUGCAAUGCUCUUAAAGGUGACAGGGAAUGAAAAAAACCUUGUCUUAGUUUAAUAACGGUAGUCUACCCGCAUUUACAGACAUACGAAAAUUGCUAGACAUUCUGAACAUCUCCGUUUCAUAGAAAUUUCUCUUUUAGAAAUGUCCGCCAGAAAAUGGCCCAAUCUGAAUAAUGGAUACAUGUUACUUAAAAUGCAUCUCACUUCCCCCCGCACUCUCAUUCAAUUCCCUCCCCUUUAAAAUAAUUUGCAUACAUCCGGCCUCUCGCUUCGAACGGGAAGUAAAUUGCAGCAGUGUUCGCGAAGUUCAAGGCAAAAUGGCGAGUCGCGUUCCGAGGUGUGCUCUUCUAUCUGUAACAUUUUGGUCUGUCCGCGUUCUGAAGACGGCGAGUUUACAUUCUUUUGAGUAGCAGCAAAGGCGGCCAAUCAGUGUCAAGAGCUUGCAUUUCAUAAUGAGGUUGCCAGUUAAGCCCGAAGGGACGCCAAAUAGAUGCAAAACCACGCGUUUAAAAUCCCCCACCCUAAUAUAGCUUUCUAAGAGAGGUUUUUAGGAAGCUUUUAAGGCAUUACAGACCCAACCAAAAUUUUGUUGUCUACAUGUCACAUCACAGAACAAGGAUAAAUACCCCGUUCAGUCAUUCUAUGUCACCUUUAUGGUUUAAAUGAAUUAAAACAGUUUUAAGUUACUCAAACUUGAAUUUUACAAAUAAAAUGUGAAUUCGUAUAUUUCUAUAAGUGGCUCUGGUCUUGGGGGGGGCAAUGCCCCCUCUGUCCCCCCAAACUCAGCCUAUGAUUAGCCACUUUGUAAAAUCGUUACGAAUCGACAGGAGACUGUACAGUACAUUUCACGAAGUUUUUAUCGUUAAUUAAUUUUCAAGUUGCGACAUUGUGUAUGGCGACUGUACUUACGCACAUUUAAUUUAUUAGAGAUUAUCGCUUGUGUUACGCAAUCACUUUUUUUAGCUAUUGGAAGCGCAUGAACAUUAACUGACUAGCAUGCUACAAACUCAUAUUAACAUAUUUAAUUGACAUAGUCGAACUGCACCUGUAUUUUCCCGUUCCUGUCAGAUUAACUCUUUCGCCGCCAUUGAGAUAACUCGUCAAUUAACUGCCAAUGACGAGAAUUCCGUCUUUCCGCAAUACCGCUAUUAUCCACCAGGUGAAUAAUAUACAACCCGGAAGUAACGCCUCAUGUAAAAGAGAAAGAACUCCGUGUAUGUUUUAAAGAUCGCUCUGCAUCUGAUCUCUAUCAAAAGCCCUUCACAAAAAUGGACUUAUCUCAGCUUUUUGCUCAAAAUUUGGUGUUUUUGAAGAAACCUACCCAUAUUUGAGAGAUGAUAAAAAGAGAACUAAUGAAGGUAGGAUGAAAGAUUUUUUUUUUAAAGAUGAUGGUCUGUUCUUUCAUUUGAUAUAUUGUAUGUUUAUAUAUUUAAAGAAGAAAAUUUUCUGGAAGGCUUUAAACUUUUGUGAAAAUCAUGAAAAAUGCUGGCGCUGGCUGGCAACUUUUUAAAAAAAAAACGCUGGCGGGGAAAGAGUUAAGCACUAGCUAGUCGACACUUACAAAAAGCGACAUGAAUUUCACAUCAUCUCGUCUGUGAAAGGCGCACGUGACAUUCAUGUGGCUUUUCGUUAAGGUACAUCCAACCUGGCACCCAUAUGAUCGUCGUAGUGUGCACUCCCUGUCCAAUGAAGGUGGCUUUGCCUGAGAUCGGUUCUGUACGGUUUCCCUUUUGUAGACAAUCAUCUUCUGACCCAAACCAAACCGGAACCGUCAACUGAGGCAGAGCGCGUGCGACGGGGUUUGCUGCUUUUAUUUAAUAGGCAUACGUGGGACAUGAACCAAGCGACGAGUUUCUCUUACAGCAUCCAGCCCUAAAUAAAGAAUAUACCAAAGUUACUGAAAGAGAUACACACAACGCAUGCAUAUUCACAGAUGAGGGCUGGACUCUGCAAGAGAACUGAGCUUUUGUAGGAACACGCGUAGUGUUUAUAGACUUGCAUGUCAGUUAUGCAUGUUUGCAAAUACGGUAAAUAUGAUUACAGCCACUAAAUUCAUGCUUUGUAUGAAUGCUACACUUUGCUAUACAUUUGUUAUUGUUGUAAUUAUUCAUAACGGGCGUAUUAAUUUAUUGUUGCUUUAUGUAGACAAGUACCAUGAAUGGCAUGAAAUGAGUUGAUUGACACUUCCUGAUUUACUAAAUUGAAAAGGGGCGGAGCAAUUUCCGUUCCACAUCCGCACUUUUUUUGUCUUACUGAAUGUCUUCUACCAUAAGGAAAACAUUACACUUUCUUAGGGGUGAUUCCUGCAUGUGUGUCUGUAAGGGGCGGGGCUUUCAGGAGCGACUGUUGCUCCAAGCUCAGAAUGUAGGGUCAAAUCCCAACCCCUAAAAAUCACAAGGUGCCCCGGCCCUCACAAACACAUCCAGGCGCCUCAAAGGGCUGUCGACCCGGGCAACGCAUCGAGAUUACCUCACUCCAUGCCAUGCUGGGCGUUACUGUAGAUACUGUACAAAAAGAGAGAUGAAUGCGUAAUAAGACUUGUGAAAGAAAGAGGGAGAGUCUGUAUGAAAGAAGCGACGAUGAUGCUCAAAGUGGUUCAGGAGGGUGAAAGCCAAACGCAAAUAUAGCGAAAGAACAAACUGUGGUCGCGUUUCCUCCUCAAGACUGAAUGGACAUGCAUUCUUCCCCAGUAUUGAUUUGCAUGAGUUUUGAAAAUGUCAACCUCGCGUGUGUGUCCUUUAUCUCCCGUUUGAAGUAUGCAGUCGUGAGCUCUUAAUAAGAGACGAGGAGCAUGCCACAAGUUCACCUUUUAAAGGUGCGCUUUUAUCCCCAAACCCCACCGUUUGCCUGGGGGCCCUGAAUGUAUCGAGUCCUUGGAAGUGAUGUACAGUAUUGUCAAUGUGGCCCCAUAUCACCUUUACUAAAAUCAGGGCUCACACCAGUGUAACCUGCCAUACCUGCCUUCCCUCGCACCCUUUCCCUUAUCGAUCAAUGUUCUACGCUGUAGAUAUUUGCUGUUUUUAGGGCAAACAAACUAAAAAUAGGUCUCUACCACUAGCCUUGUCAUGUGGAAAUCAAAUACAAUUUCCUUUUUAUAUAUAUAUAUAUAAUGGUAGUUCUUAUUUAACCGUGUGCUGCAUCUGUUAUUGUGAAGAUUUAAUGAUUUAAUUUUUAAUAUGAUUAUGGUUGUUACGACUAGCCAUUGUUUUUAUUAAGCAAUAAGUUCCUUUGUUUUUCUGUUUUUUUUUUUGGAAGGGAAGCUGGUUGUUACAAAUACAUCUACAGAAAUAGAAUUCACUUAACCUGCUUUGCCAUAAUAAGGAAAAUAAAACGAAACAAUGUGUUUAUGUAAUAUGUACAUCUAUAUACAAGCUGUCACUGUCUGUGUACUAAAAAAACUGAACGUGCAUCAAAUAAAACAGAUACUGUAUGUAAAAGA